CUGUCUGUCAUUUAUAGACAACACAACCAUUCGUCCUGUUACCACAAUACCCACCAAGUCUAUCUCUAUCUCUAAACAAAAUCUCUCGUUCGCUUUCUCUCUCUAGGGUUUGUGACAAAGAAGCACACUUUUCUUCUUCAUCAACAAAGCUUUUGAGGUUCAAAAAAAGAAAGCACGGUGUUGUUAGUGAAUUGGUUUAAGCCGUUUAAAAUGGAGAUCCGUAUGGAUUUCUUGGACUGGCUUGACCAUGACACGUCGAUGAAGAUUCUUAGGUGUUUGGAAGAUCCGGCUGAUCUUGUCCGUGUUAGUUCUGUCUCUCGUUCUUGGCGACAUUUUGUGAUUGCAAAUGGUCUUUGUAAGCAGCUGUGCUUGAGAAUGUUUCCUCACUUUCUUAGAGUUGAAUGCGUCAUUGAACCCGGUUGUGAUAUUGAAAAAGCUUCGGAAGUUGGAUGUAGCAAAUUUGUGGAAUGGGAAACUCUGAAGAGGGAGCAUAAAGUGUAUGCCUUUUUACUUCAAGGGUGCAUGUCAUUUCCUUUCGGAAAGUGCAUUUUGGAUGCAAUAAGUGCUUCUAGCACUGAUAAUUAUCCAGAGGAAAGCAUUCGUAACACUGUGCAACAAGGAGGCCCUAUUGAAAGCAGAGCUUCAUACUGGUCGAGUAAAGGACAACGUGAUGCUGCAGUGCCUGAGACACUUGUGUAUAAACUGGUUGCUGAUAUCUGUGUUAUUACUGAAAUCAAUAUACAACCUUUCAAAGCUUAUUUUCAGCGGGGUUCACCUAUAUAUUCAGCCAUAUCUGUGCGGUUUCAUAUGGGUUAUCCCAUACACCCAAUGGGUGAUCCCUUGGGUGAACCAUUGGAUGACUCUGCUGAUGACAAGUUCAUAUGGACAUACUCUUCACCAGAGUUUCCAAUGGCCCAGGAGAGCAGCUUGCAGAACUUCAGGCUUCCAGAACCAGUUGUUUGCAUUGGUGGGAUUUUGCAGAUUGAGCUGCUGGGAAGGGUUCAGAGGCAGGAAAUGGACGGUUUGUUCUAUAUAUGCGUGGCUCAAGUUCAAGUUAAAGGUAGGCCAUUAUCACCAGCAUUUGGUGUUGAAAUGCUUGGACCUUCAGGAAAGUUUAUACUGAAAGCCGAGAGUUGUAACCCACCAAGCUUACCUGAUGAGGACUCCUCAUAUCAUGGUGGACAUUUGCAUGGGCGUGUUGAUUGGGAGCAGCUUAUGAAUGUGUUGAGGGGAGAAGGAGACUUUGAAUAUGAUUGGAAUUCAGAGGAUGAAGUGGAUGAUGAGUUAGCAUUCUAACCUGUCAUCUAUCUAUAAUAAUUAUAACCUACCUUUGUUUAUUUUACCAUCCCUUCUGGGCUGAGUAACUAGUUGGUAUCCUGAUCUAUCUAAGCGAGAGUGACUAUGCUGGAAACCUUGCCAGUCCUUUCUGCCAAGUUGGUGUAUAACCCUUGUGCUAAGCAUCCCAAGUUUUUCGGUUUGGUUUUUAUUUUUACUCUUCCGCUCUUAAGAGUUGUUAUAUAUGUAUAUCAUUUUGGUUUACACUCGAUUAAGAAGCACGAAGAUCUUGUUACGUGCA